AGAGAGAGAGAGGCAGGGGAGAGGGAGGAAGGAAAUUUUCAAAUCGUGACCCUGUUCUUCUUCACAGUAGAUAACGGGGAGAAGAGCAAUGUAUACACCAGACGCAGGAAGCACAAUGGGGGCCUUGAUAUACACCAGCAAGCCCACACUGAAGAUGAAGAUUCUGUCAAAGAAAGGCCCUACAAAUGCAAUGUAUGUGGGCAACGUUUUACCCAAAGUGUGAUACUUGUGCUACACAAGACACUCCAUGUUGGGAAAAGCCAUCUUAAAUGGAAAGUAUCGGAAAAAUGUGCGGUUGAUGACAACUUGCUAGAUCCGUGCCAACAAGAAAUAUUUAAAGGAACCGAGGAUUUCAUAAACCAGGAAUGUGAGAAAUCUUUUAUCCAGAGUUCACACUUGGUGAAACACGAGGCAUUUCACACAGGACAGGAACCACACAGAUGCCAGGAGUGUGGGAAAUGUUUUGCUUACAGUUCACAAUUGGUGAGUCACAAAACACAGCACACAGAAGAGAAGCCAUACGAAUGCCAGGAACUUGGGAAAUGUUUUGCAGACAGUUCAGCCUUGGUGAGGCACAAAAGACUCCACACAGGAGAGAAACCGUAUCAUUGCCAGGAGUGUGGGAAAUGUUUUACUUACAGAUCAGCCUUGGUGAGACACAAAAAAAUCCACACAGGAGAGAACCCAUAUCAAUGCCAGGAGUGUAAGAAAUGUUUUACUUCCAGUUCAGCCUUGGCGAGGCACAAAAGACUCCACACAGGAGAGAAGCCACACCAAUGCCAGGAGUGUGGAAAAUGUUUUGCUCAUCGUUCAGACUUGGUGAUCCACAAAAGACUCCACACAGGAGAGAAGCCAUACCAAUGCCAGGAGUGUGGGAAGUGUUUUGCUCACAGUUCAGCCUUGGUGAGGCAUAAAAGACUCCACACAGGCGAGAAGCCAUACCAGUGCCAGGAAUGUGGGAAAUGUUUUGCUUACAGUUCAGCUUUGGUGAGCCACAAAAGACUCCACAAAGGAGAGAACCCAUACCAAUGCCAGGAGUGUGAGAAAUGUUUUGCUUACAGUUCAGAAUUGGUGAGGCACAAAAGAUUCCACACAGGAGAGAAGCCAUACCAAUGUCAGGAGUGUGAGAAGUGUUUUGCUCACAGUUCAGCCUUGGUGAGGCACAAAAGACUCCACACAGGAGAGAAGCCAUACCAAUGCCAGGAGUGUGGGAAAUGUUUUGCUGACAGUUCAGACUUGGUGAGCCACAAAAGACUCCACACAGGAGAGAAACCAUACCAAUGCCAAAAGUGUGGAAAAUGUUUUGCCUGCAGUUCAGCCUUGGUGAGCCAUAAAAGACUCCACACAGGAGACAAGACAUAUCAAUGCCAGGAGUGUGGGAAAUGUUUUACCUCCAGUUCAGCCUUGGCGAGGCACAAAAGACUCCACACAGGAGAGAAGCCACACCAAUGCCAGGAGUGUGGAAAAUGUUUUGCUCAUCGUUCAGACUUGGUGAUCCACAAAAGACUCCACACAGGAGAGAAGCCAUACCAAUGCCAGGAGUGUGGGAAGCGUUUUACUCACAGUUCAGCCUUGGUGAGGCACAAAAGACUCCACACAGGCGAGAAGCCAUACCAGUGCCAGGAAUGUGGGAAAUGUUUUGCUUACAGUUCAGCCUUGGUGAGCCACAAAAGACUCCACAAAGGAGAGAACCCAUACCAAUGCCAGGAGUGUGAGAAAUGUUUUGCUUGCAGUUCAGCCUUGGUGAGCCACAAAAGACUCCACACAGGAGACAAGCCAUACCAAUGCCAGGAGUGUGGGAAAUGUUUUGCUUCCAGUUCAGACUUGGUGAGGCACAAAAGACUCCACACAGGAGAGAAACCAUACCAAUGCCAGAAGUGUGGGAAAUGUUUUGCUUGCAGUUCAGCCUUGGUGAGCCACAAAAGACUCCACACAGGAAACAAGCCAUAUCAAUGCCAGGAGUGUAAGAAAUGUUUUACUUCCAGUUCAGCCUUAGUCAGGCACAAAAGACUCCACACAGGAGAGAAGCCACACCAAUGCCAGGAGUGUGGAAAAUGUUUUGCUAAUCGUUCAGAUUUGGUGAUCCACAAAAGACUCCACACAGGAGAGAAGCCAUACCAGUGCCAGGAGUGUGGGAAGUGUUUUGCUCAUAGUUCAGCCUUGGUGAGGCACAAAAGACUCCACACAGGAGAGAAGCCAUACCAGUGCCAGGAAUGUGGGAAAUGUUUUGCUUACAGUUCAGCCUUGGUGAGCCACAAAAGACUCCACAAAGGAGAGAACCCAUACCAAUGCCAGGAGUGUGAGAAAUGUUUUGCUUACCGUUCAGAAUUGGUGAGGCACAAGAGACUCCACACAGGGGAGAAGCCAUACCAAUGCCAGGAGUGUGAGAAGUGUUUUGCUCAUAGUUCAGCCUUGGUGAGGCACAAAAGACUCCACACAGGAGAGAAACCAUACCAAUGCCAGGAGUGUGGGAAAUGUUUUACUUACAGUUCAGCCUUGGUGAGCCACAAAAGACUGCACACAGGAGAGAAGCCAUACCAAUGCCAGGAAUGUGAUAAAUGUUUUGCUGACAGUUCAGCCUUGGUGAGGCACAAAAGACUCCACACAGGGGAGUGCCAUAGCAAGGCCAAGAAUGUGGGAAAUAUGAGAAUACACGCAGGCCAAGAAACAGCCUUUGUGGGUAAACAUCUGAUUUCAACUAAGACUGUUUGAGAAGUUCUGCCUAAGAUUUUGUGGAGUCCCCUUUCUUGUCAUUAGAACAUCUAAGUGUAAUUCCUCUUCUUGGAGCAAUGGAAAGCAUGUUCCCUGUGACAGAAUUGCUUCUGUUGAUGCCAAGCCAAAGGAAAAGAUGCUAACACUAUUAUUUCCGUUGAUGUGCAAAUCGUUUUUCUGGCUGUUAUGAAAUAUGAAUAUACAGUUUGAAUGGAACUGUAUGAAAGGAAUGAAUGAAUAAGAGCUAAAUGUUUAAGACAAAAUGUUAAGAUUAAGGCCUGCAAUGACUACUUGCUUGCUGAACUGUGAUUAAAAGUUGCUAAUGAGAACUGUAAUGGUUGAAUUGCCUGCUAACUAUGAUCAGAACUGUGACAGUGAUAAGAGAAAUGUGUACAUCUGUUUACAUCUGUCAACAUUUGUUGACGAUGAACUUUUGGGGGAAAACAAUGUGUUAACCUUUUUCAGAGACAAUGGUUCUUUUAAGUUAAGGAUGAUAAGAAGGAAGUCAACACAAGGCUAACACUAAUGAAGAAGAGUCUACAUCUGGCCAGAAAACCGAGAUGGAAUCAACAUGUUCAAGAAUGGAAAAUGUCUAUAAUUAAUUUACAGCUUUUUGGGACAACAUCGGGGAAAAUUGCUGUGUGAGGGAUCUUAUGGCAACCCAGAAAGUGUGACAGACAGUGAAGCUGUUCACCUGCCGUGGUCUGUGGAGAUGGUGUAUGGGAAUGUCAGAUUUGUCAUGGGAAAGCACGAUUCUGGUCAGUUUGGGCUCCUUUUCUCAAGGGAAGAGGAGGGAGUGCAUUUUGGAGUCAUGAUACGUGUUGCACAGAGUCAGGUUCUGUUGUAUGGAAAAUCUGAUCCUUGGCAUUGUUCUUAGGAUGCAUUUUUGUGUUUAAAAGUUUUAGUCAUUUUGGAGAUGUGUGUUGGCAAGCUGCAGGGAGGUAGCGCUUGGCCAAACAGGUGCUUCUCCAAGUAGGAAGAAAGAAUAUGGUAAUACAGUAGUCUCUCACUUAUCCAACAUUCUGGAUUAUCCAACACAUUUUUUUAGUCAAUGUUUUCAAUACAUUGUGAUAUUUUGGUGCUAAAUUUGUAAAUACAGUAAUUUCUACAUAGCAUUAUUGUGUAUUGAACUACCUUUUCUGUCAAAUUUGUUGUAUAACAUGAUGUUUUGGUGCUUAAUUUGUAAAACCAUAACCUAAUUUAAUGUGUAAUAGGCUUUUCCUUAAUCUCUCCUUAUUAUCCAACAUAUUCGUUUAUCCAACAUUCUGCCGGCCAGUUUAUGUUGGAUAAGUGAGACUCUACUGUAUUUGGAUGCAUGAGAAUGAAUGCAUGAACAUUUGUGUGAAUGCUGAGUAAAAAUAUAACCCCCAAUUGUUAGUUUGUUAGCUAAUGUAACUAGGUUGUUGUGGAAUCCAGUGUAGUUACAUAGAAUAUGUAUGUUUGUGUGUCUAAUGUCGUUCUUUCUGUAAAAGUUCUAUAAAAGUUCUGAUAUACCCUUUCACACCGGAAACUGCAAUAAAAAGAACCUUGUUUUAAAGAGUA